UAAAAGUUUUAUUUUCAGUCAGGCACCAUAUGGUCAGCUGCUCCGCCAAACAGAAACAUUUGGGGUCCUUUCUCAUUUCACGUGUGCGUCUGCUACUCUGCAUCGUGAGAAGGAACCAUGCCGAAGUCAAAGAGGGACAAGAAAAUUUCGUUAACGAAAACAGCCAAGAAAGGACUGCAGUCGAAACAGAAAUUAAUCGAGGAGUUACGGAAAUGUGUGGACACGUACAGAAACUUGUUCAUAUUCUCUGUGGCUAAUAUGAGGAAUAACAAACUGAAAGACAUCAGGACAGCGUGGAAACACAGCAGAUUCUUCUUCGGCAAAAAUAAAGUCAUGUCGGUUGCCUUGGGUAAAGGAGAAACAGAUGAAUACAAAGAUAAUUUGCACAAGGUCACCAAGUAUCUGCGAGGAGAAGUAGGAGUACUAUUCACUAACAAAACAAAGGAAGAGGUACAAGAGUACUUCAAUCAUUUCAAAGAGAUGGAUUAUGCACGAGCAGGCAACCGUGCACUGAUGGACACGACACUGGACGAGGGACCCCUUGAUCAGUUUCCUCACUCAAUGGAGCCCCAGUUGAGGCAAUUAGGACUUCCCACUGCUCUCAAGAAAGGCGUGGUGACCCUCCUGAAGGACCAUGAAGUCUGUAAGGAUGGAGAUGUGCUCACUCCUGAGCAGGCUCGUAUUCUGAAACUCUUCAACAUUGAGAUGGCAGAAUUCAAGGUGCAGAUCAAAUGUAUGUGGAACUCAGAAACGGGCGAGUUUGAAAACGUUGUAGGUGGGGAAGAGCCUAUGGAUAAUGGAGAGGAAGAUGAUGACGAAGAGGAUGCAGAAUAAAUCAUCUGCAAGGGCAAGAGAAGCGUGUACACUUGCCUUUAACAGCAGAGGGACAUUGAUGUAAAAACCAUUCAGCCUGACUGCGAUCUCUGUCCUUUGUCUUUUUUUUUUACCCCAAAACAGAAACUACUGUCCUACAUUCACCAGUUCAGCUUCGGACUGAGUUGUUGUUCAGUAAAAACAGAUUACCAGAGUUAAAGACUUGAUGAUCUACCAUAUGUUAUCAUGUUGAUGUUUCUUGUAUUUUGCCAAAUCAAAUAAGCACAUGUCAUUUAAUGUGCUGAACCAACCGACUUGAUGUAUUUUAUCUGUAGAAAAAUACAAAAACAUUUUGUUGUGAACAAAGCAUUGUUUUCAUUUUAUUGUAACAGUUUAAUUAAGGCAGACUUCAGAAAAUGUUAUUUUUUUUUCCCUGAAAGAAUAUUUUUGUUUUUACAUUUGUACAUUAACAAUGAAGUGCUCUAAACAUAAUGCA